GUGGAAGCUGAAGAAAGAACACCAUGAGACAUACAGAAAUAAAGAGGCUGCUUUCUGCCAACGCUGUCUGUGUAGUUUCCAUUAUUUUAACAACUCUCAUUCCCUCGCUGUUUAUGAAGAACUUCUCGAUCUUGGGAACACACCUGACAUGGUUGUGCAUCUGUUCGGCAAGUGUUGGUACGAUCAACGUAAUUUUGUAUCUUAUCCUUAAACCAAAUCCAUCUAUGAAAAGAAGCUCUGUUGCCCACAAGGUGGCAAAGUUUAUAAGAUCCUCUGUGUACUUCUUCGCAUCUUGUAUCUUAUUUCAUGGGAUCAUUGUUCUUUAUGGAGCACCAUUAAUUGAAUCAGUACUUGAGACCUUCUUAUUUGCAGUUCUCCUUUCUACAUUCACUACUCUGCACUGCUUGUGUCUGCUGGGGCCAAAUUUUCAAGUGUGGCUGCGAGUGUUCAGUAAAAAUGGGGCUAUGUCCAUCUGGGAUAACAAUCUGCAGAUCACAACAAUGUGCAGCGUGGUGGGAGCAUGGCUUGGAGCAUUUCCUAUUCCCCUGGAUUGGGAUCGACCAUGGCAGGUGUGGCCCAUUUCCUGUUCACUUGGAGCCACCUUUGGCUAUGUGGCCGGUCUCCUCAUUGCACCUUUGUGGAUAUACUGGAACAGGAAGCAGCUUACAUACAAAAGCAGAUAAUAGACGCUAAGAAGAGAGAAGGCUUUGUUUUGUUUUCUUCUUGUGCCGAUUCUAUAAAGACUGUGCAGAGACUUCCGUGUGGGUCAAAGCUAUCCAGGCCUCUUCAAAGCGUCAUUG